GUCACAAUGAUUCAUCUCAGCCUUUCCCUGGCAGUUACGUGUCUGUUGAGUAUUUGGAUUAUAGAGCACGCUGCAGGUUGUGGUGAUCGACAGACUGACAUUAAUGGCCAAUGCUGCGACCUGUGUCCCCCAGGUACACAUAUUAAGGAGUUCUGCUCAGAGCGCCGGAAAACUGUCUGUCUCACCUGUGCGGAGGGCUACUACCUGAACCAUUAUAACUUCUUUGACAGAUGUGAGAAAUGCAGGUCAUGCCCACAAGAAUAUGCAGAGAACUGUACAGUGAUUGCAGACGCUAAGUGUUCGUGCCGCUCUGGUUUCCUGUGCUCCAACAAUGCGUGUUCAAGCUGUGAGGAAAACAAAUGCGUCAUGGGGGAGAAACUGAAGAGAACAGAAAAUUCCUUGGGUAAAGGCUUGAUAGAGUAUGCAUAUCAUUGUGAGCCCUCAUGCCCUGAUACCGCAUAUUUUGAUGUGAAAGAGAAUGUCUGCAGGCCACGAAUACAGUGCAGUAUACUUGGACUUGCCGAGCGGUUUCCAGGGAACAAAACCCACAAUGCACUUUGUGGUAGAGAUGAGAGUCACGGACAUGCGGGAGGCUUCAUUCACGUGUUCCUUGGCAUCGGCUUUGUUCUGAUUUCUUUCACCCUCCUUGUGUCUCUGUCUUACACCUGUAUAAAGCGACUAAUGAAACCCAAAUUAAAUGAUCAUCCCAUCGACAAGUUAGCAGUCUCUGCCAACACCAGCGACUUCCACCUGUCAAAGGAGGAGAGCGGCUUUCAGCUCAUCAUCCAGGAUGAGACCAAGAACAGCGACAGUUUGGGCAAGCUGCAUCUGGAAGAAGUCGACGCUUUUUGAUAACAAGUCUGGGACGACGGCAACAGUCUGUUCAGCCACAAGCACAAAAAUAUCAAUGGUCCGAAGAAUCGGUAAAAGCAAACAUUCAGAUAUUGAGAAGACUGAUAAGCUAAGAGAUGCGGGCUUGGGGAUAGCUCGAUCUCUGGAAGGAUACCACUGUUGAAGUGCUCGUGAGCAAGGCACUUAACCCUCAUUUGCUCCAGUAAAGCUACACAGUGCUUAACAGAUUUGACGUCCAGCUUUGAAUGUGUGUAACUCUGAGCAUGAAAAUUCUCAAAAUAGUGUCCACUGUAUUCUUAGUUGUUUCUUACAGAUGCCCCAGAGAGGGCUGAGGUGUGAUUGUAAAGAUUAUUUUGUAAAGAUUUUAAAGAACAAAUAAAUGUUUUAAAUUGUG